GCGGGGCCGGUGCGCGGGGGCGGGCCCGGCCGGCUGCUUCGCUCCGUUCCGGGGAGGGGGCGGCAGCAGCCCGGGAAGCCGAAGCUCGAUUCGAUCGGGAUCCACGGGAGCACCUCGGCCUUGGUGGAGGGCAGCGGCGUGCUCGGGACCGCCCAGGUGCUGGCGGUGAUGCUGUGAGCGGUGCUCGGGAGGGAGCGUGAGCGGCCGGGCUGUGCUGGUGCUGAUAGAGAGGAAGAUCCAGAGCUCGCUGUCUGAAAGCUCGCUUAGAGGCGCUGGCUCAGCUGCGGCAUGCAGGAGGAGGGAGAUGUCUGAGUUCCCUCCCGUGCCUUGCUGCAGCUCUGGUACCGUCUGGAAGGUCCUUGAGCAGGAAAGUCGGGUCCAGAGGCCGGGGUACAGCACUGCCCCCGCGAAGGGCUCAGAGGCGCGGCGGGGAAAGGCAGCUCCGAGCAGACUCCGGUGUUUGGGAUGCUCGAUGCUGCGGGGCAUGCGAAAACACGUGCUGGGGUUGCCUGCCUGGUGCCUGGUUCUGAAUGAGGGAAGGGUUUAGAGCCGGGGGGCUGGAAGUGCAGCUCCAGUGCAAGGAAGUACCAAGCUGUUACAGUCUCGUAGCAUCAUCUUCGUGUGGGAGAUGUUCAUGGUUUUGCGAUUGCAUUUGCUUGCCUGUGUUUAUAAACGUCUUGGAUCCUGUCAUUAUCGUGUAGCGGAACAGUGCUAAUAUUUACGGCUUGCUGGGAUGCCGAAUUCUGUUGGUUUCCUUGGACGCAAUGUUUGGGUGACCUUUGUGGUGUAACAGACAAAGAGAUAACACCAAGCCUCUGGGUUGGGUUUUUUCCCCCACUCAGUUUAGCCUUUGUUUGUCUAACGCAAUACUUUAUAGCUCUUAUUUUUGGUAUGAGGUGCAAAACUGACUGGAGAAUGUUCUCGGUGCUCUUGUCAAAAGAAAUUCUCUGCUUAUAUUUAGGUACUAACAAGUAGGCAGAAAAACUGUAGUGAUGGCUCUUUGUCGUGACAGUUAGGUGGUGGUCCAGAGCCCACAGCAUUUCUGGUCUCAGGCAAAUGAAUGCAGUAAGGACUUGUGGGUGUCAUAGAUGUAGUGGGGAUUGUCAGAACCUGCUUAGCUCUUGAAGAAGUAAUUAGAGCUUCUGACCGGGAGGUCUCAGUUGUGAGGUGAGCUGCAUCGCAGAAGAAUUUGAUAUUAAGGUUGUUGGGAGUACCUGAUCUGCCUGCCAGUUGAUUUAUUUCAGUCACGACAGAUACUUAAUCUGCUCUGUGGAAGAACCACGAAGGACUGUCUGUGUUAGCAGGGUGGCAACAGAGAAGUAAACCCCACAGAAUCUGUAGUGGUGAGAGAAAAUGUUUUUCUCUGCACCUUUUUAAAGUUUGGAAUGAAUAUAUUCCCGAUUAAUUGUCGAGCUUCUCCAGUAGAAAGGGGAAAGGAAUUUGGAUGCAGGUAAGCUUCAAAACGUCAUAUCCAUAAGACUAAGAAACUGAGGAGUUGUCGAAUUGCAUCAGCUGCUUUUUGUAAGUCUGAAUUUGUCUGAGGCUCUCAAACUUCUAGCCUGUAUUUUUUUUCCCACCUUAAAUGCAAAAUGUUUAUUGCAAAAGCGGUUAAACGUUGGAGAAGAUAAAAGCAAGAGUGUAAAAUGCACUGCAGGCUGUUUGCUUUCUGAGCUGGAUGAUUGAGAGUGUGUAAUCCAAGACCAACAGGCUAUCAACCACUGCCACGUUUUCAUCUGUUGGUAAACAUCAGCUGCGGGUCGGUCUUGAGGGAGAAAGACUCAAUUAGUUCCAGAUGGAGAACUCUUUUCAGCCCGUGUAUGACUUUGUAGUUGAUAGAAGACGGCAGUCUUAGGCAGGAAGGCUGCACUGGACCACAUGAAGAAGCACGUGAAGUUUAUUUUUCUGCAAGAUGUUAUUUGGAGGACCAAGUGCCCUUUUUCAGGCCACAGGAGAUGAAAGACUAAUCACAUGAUACCUUUGUUCUGCUGGAGUGCUGUUCCGCGCUAAGCCAAUGUCGGUUUGUAUUAAGGACAAAUAUUAAUUGCUUCGUGUCAGCAUGUCGACUGUGACGAGUGCCCAGCCACCAGAGGAACCUAAUCCUCCCCUCCUGGAAGAAAAACCCAAGGGAAAAUUGCUGUUUAAUUUGAGUUCACUCUUUGCUAACAGGAGUGAGCAAUUUGUCAUUGCCAGGAGUGACAGCGUGCCGGAGGAGAACGUCCUGAAAAUAACCAUCACGGAGACGACAGUCAUCGAGUCAGACCUGGGCAUCUGGAACUCUCAUGCUCUCAUCUACCUCACUCUGUGGUUUUUCUUCAGCUUUUGCACUCUUUUUCUUAACAAAUACAUUCUCUCUCUACUGGAAGGAGAGCCCAGUAUGCUAGGUGCUGUUCAGAUGCUUUCAACCACCUUCAUUGGCUGUAUAAAAAUGUUUGUUCCAUGCUGCUUGUACCAACACAAAACACGCAUCUCUUACCCACCCAAUUUCAUCAUGAUAAUGCUGUUUGUUGGAUUAAUGAGGUUUGCAACAGUGGUCUUGGGUCUUGUCAGCUUGAAAAAUGUGGCAGUUUCAUUUGCAGAAACUGUGAAAAGCUCUGCUCCUAUUUUUACUGUUAUCAUGUCUAGGAUGAUACUAGGAGAAUACACUGGAUUGCUGGUGAAUCUCUCUCUUAUUCCUGUUAUGGGUGGCCUGGCUCUCUGCACAGCCACUGAAAUCAGCUUCAACAUUCUAGGUUUCUCAGCAGCUUUAUCCACUAAUAUCAUGGACUGUUUGCAAAAUGUCUUCUCCAAGAAACUGCUCAGUGGAGAUAAGUACAGAUUCUCAGCCCCAGAGCUUCAGUUCUACACAAGUGCUGCUGCAGUGGUUAUGCUUAUUCCAGCUUGGAUAUUUUUCAUGGAUGUGCCUGUGAUUGGGAAAAGUGGGAGAAGCUUCAGCUACAACCAAGAUGUUGUCAUACUUCUGGUAAUAGAUGGAGUCUUGUUCCACCUACAAAGUGUUACAGCCUAUGCCUUGAUGGGAAAGAUUUCUCCUGUGACUUUCAGUGUUGCUAGUACUGUGAAGCAUGCCCUGUCCAUCUGGCUAAGUAUUAUUGUGUUUGGUAACAAAAUCACAAGCCUCUCAGCCAUUGGCACUGUCCUGGUGACUAUUGGAGUCCUACUCUAUAACAAGGCAAAGCAGCAUCAGCAAGAGACUAUCCACAGCCUGGCAGCUGCAGCCCCACAGCCUGCACAAAGCACAACAGAAGAUACUGAGCCACUAAUUUCCAAGGAUUUGGAACCUUAUGAUUAAUUUGGCCAUUUACUUUUCUGACCUGAUGGAACUCAAAGGGACUCUUCCUGAAAGUGUUGAUGCCAGUUUGGUUCCUUUGGAGUUCAUGGCAGAUCAAGCCUGGGACUUGAAGCAUAAAGGAGAACAAUGGGAAGAGCCCAGCAAGCUUUGAUUCAGAAACUGAUACACCAACAGAGGGACCUGGUGUUGUGUGAUGUGGUAGAUGUGGGGUUUGUGGUCUUUCCCUGACUGCAAAGAACACACAAGACUGUUUUAGAGACAGAACUUGGAUGUCUUCUGGAAAAAUGAUUCCUUUCUCCCUUCCCAUCAAAAUAAUGUGAAACAAAUGGACCCUCCACUGUGUCCUGCUUGCUUGCAGUGGGAGGAUAACUGAAAUCUGGACUUGUUUGUGCAUCAUCCAUCAUUUGUGUGUGUUGCAGAGCUGGAAGAGGGAGCCUCCUCCCAACAAAUGACUUGUUCUGGUUAAUAUCCGAUUGAAGCAAACUACAGAAAUGAGGCUGUGCCCUGAAAGCAGUCCCUGAGCAGCUACUGCUGACUGUAAAACUGGGAACAAAAAGGGAUUGUCUGCUCAAAUGUAAGGUGGAAACACUGCACCCUGUUGCAAUGCAGGUACACACAUAGACAUGCACUCUAUAAACGGAAUGAGUUUAGUGUUUGCAGUUGCUUAGAGGUUAAAAGCACUGGAAAAAAAAUCCCUUGGUGAUAAAGGAAGCAGAAUCUCUCUACUUCAAAAGCAUUAUUUUAAUUUAUUGUAUUUUAGUCUGCUUUUCUGUUAGGAGGAAAUCAACUCUUUUGCUAUUAUUUCCAAGAGGACAACAAAAAUCCUGCUUUGUGGAAACUCAGGGUUAUAAUUCUGACCUGUGUGCAAAGGAUUUCUGGUUUAUGUCAAGAAUCUUGGAGGUAACUGUGACAAAGCUGACAGAGAGGUCACUAAAAGGAGGAGUAUUCACCAUAAACUGAGGUUUCUUUCUGCUGCUCUUAAAGACUCUAAAAGUCUUAAGACUUUGCUCUCAAAAGUGUUCUUUUUUUGAAGGAAGUUUUGUGCUGUGGUAGAUCAAAGCUUAAAAGUUAACCUAAAAGAAAUUCUGAAGGAUCAGGAAUUAGUUUUGGCAAAAAGGAGCUUGUGGCUACAAAAAAAACCCCUCACCCCAACCAAACCUCAAACCCAUUCCAAUGGAUGUUUUAAAAUGGACCAAUCUUGAAUAGGAUUCAAUACCAUCCUCUGACAGGUGGUAGCAGGGCAUUAGAAACGUGGCUAAAAGUGGUCUUUAUGGUAAAAAUAGUGUUUAGUAGGAUGUUACCAGUGGAGUUUGCAGAAGCUGAGCUCAUGUUUCAUUCCCACUUGUGAGGCAUCCCUUUACAUUUAGUGAACUGUUCCUGCAGAGAGCAAAACUCUGAGAGGGUCCCUGAAGCAGCCUGGUUUCUGUUUAAAGAGUCUGUGCUUGCUUUGCCUCACUCCAGGUUACAUUCCUGUGUGUGGCUCCUCUGAAGGGUUUGUGUGGGAAGGGGAAAUGUGAGGUUUUUUUCACCACUGUGUAUGUGAUGUCUGUCUGGUUUGUUCCUUUGGCUUCCUGGCACUUUGGCAAAAGCUGUGGACUGUGACGUGGAGCUCUGUGGUUCUGUUUGCAGUUAUGCUUUCAAAAAGCUCACUGCAUUUAGCAGCAGGUUUGCAUCUUAUUCCUGCUCCUCCUAGAAGGCAGAAAUGGUAGUGGCUUUCUGGUUGCCCAGCUCUGUUCCUGUGUAAACCCACUCAGUAUCAGCUGAUGAAGCUAAUUUUUUAACAGCUGCCAGGCUUUUUGCCUUUCCCAGUGCUGGGAAAUGCUUUGUGAACCAAACAGCUGGGGGGAUUUAGUGAUUUCUGACAGGUGUGAUUCGUGGCAGGUUUAACCCCACCUGUCUUAUGGCAGCAGGAUAAUCCUCUUGUACUGGGGAGGUGUUUGCAGUGUUGACCUUUUGUACUUUCCUGUGCCCUCUUCUUGCCCUUUGUUUUUAAUAGAUUAAACAAACCAACCUCUUCA